UUUCUCAGUCAAGAUCGAGAGGUCGAGGCUCUGUCCAUAUAAACUUCCCUCGUCCACUUCACGAAGAGUAACACACUUCAGAAUGGCAGCAGGAUUCACCUGAGAUUGUGAUAGAGCGAGUGAACAUGUCCGUGCCAAAGCUCUGGAGUCUCCAUCACAUUCUCCUGCUGUCUGUAUUCACCGGCGCAGCUAAUGGAUAUUAUAACUACCGUUGGCCACAGUGCAUCUACAGCUCCAGUGAUUUCAGUGACAUGGUGUUCUUGGAUGGCUAUUACUUCAAUAAAUAUCUGUACGUACAGUUCAACAGCACUGUGGGGGAGUUUGUGGGGUUUACUGAGUUUGGAGUGAGAACUGCAGAGAUGUGGAACAAAGAUCCAACAAUCAUACAGCAAUUAAAGGCUGAAGUUGAAACAUUCUGUAAACCUAAUGCUGAACUGUUCAAAACAGCUAUCCAUGAUAAAGCAGUGGCUCCAGUUGUGAAGCUGAGUUUAGUGAAGCAGGGAGACAGCAGACAUCCAUCGCUGCUGAUGUGCAGUGCGUAUGACUUCUACCCUGAGCAAAUCAGUGUGUCCUGGCUGAGGGACGGUGUAGUGGUGACUUCUGACGUGACCUCCACUGACAAGAUGCCUAACGGAGACUGGUACCACCAGAUUCACACUCAGCUGGAGUACACUCCCAAAGCUGGAGAGAAGAUCUCCUGUAUGGUGGAGCAUGCCGGCUUCACCAAACCCAUGAUCUAUGACUGGAACCCUCCUCUGCCUGAGUUUGAGUGGAAUACACCGCUGUUAUUCACUGCUGGGGCUGCUGGACUGAUGCUGGGAAUCAUCAUGGCAGCUUCUGGAUUCAUUUACUACAAGUCAACAUCAACAGAUGAGAUCCUAGUACUUCAUUAAUGGUGGUGAGUUUUACAUUCCAUUCGGAUUACCUUAUUUCUGUGUGAUCAAACAUAUUAAUGAAUUACUGAACAAUCCACCCCAUUAACAUGAAUAAUAAUCAGACUGAAUAGCAGGUCCUCAUCCAGACUGAAAGACGCCUCAUCAUGGAGAGAAACACUCUUCAUGACACAAAAUAACAAUCAUGAUGCAGAUAGAAGCUCAGCAGCAUAUCUGAUGUGUUACAGCUAAUAUUUCAGCAUCAUUAUGCAGUAUUGACAGUGAUGAUGCUUGAAGUUUGUUUGCUCUGGGAAAUUCACAGGUAUAUAGUUCAUUUGUUUAGCUGUGUAAACAACUCAGUAAAUGGUGUUUUCUGUGCUGUGUUACUGAUCUAGCUGAUACCAAUUUGCGGCUAAUCGAGAUAUCAUGAGGGCAGUAUUACGGUAUUAUAGAGUAUUGUUUACUGUGCUUGGAAAAAUGGAACAAACUGUUUUGUCUAAAACUUGUUUAAAAAGCUACAAUUGUUUUCGGACAGUGUAUGGGACAUCAUACGUGGCUACACAUCAUGUAACUCUUUCACUUUCUACUUGUGGCCAAGUCUGUGGAACAAAAGUAGAUGACAGCGAAACAUCAGUAUUCUGUGUGCU